AUGAAUUAUCGUUCUUUUUAUGAGACCCGAGAGUAUUAUCAAUUGGUUUGCACUCUUUUCUCGGAGGAAUCUUUGCUUAUCCACGGCGGAGAGCAUGCAUUAUUAUCAUCGUCGUCUAACUAUCUCGACUUUAUGCCUAAACUCAUGGUCAUAAUGGCAUCGUGCAACGACUUGUUGCUCGUGACCCCUGAUACCCGCUUUUAUGAGCCCCGUUAUAAAUCGAGUCAGAGGUACUACAUUUGUAACCCACUAACUAAAAAGUGGUUCCCCAUUCCAAGAGAAUGCCCUCUUGGAAACAGGAUUGGUUUCGCACUGAUAUGCAACGAGCCCUCUCCUAAUGCUAGGUACUCGUACAAGGUGGUAUCUCUCGACCGUGCAAUCUUGACUGAUGAUUCGGGAGAAGCCAUUGCCGAAAACUACAAACUAGUAGUGUUUGUGUUUUGCUCUGAGUCGGUGCAAUGGACCAGAUCUUCCUUCUUGCUUCCUACUCGCCCAACAAUGGACCACACCGAAAUGGCCAAUCUCGUUUCGUGCAAUGGGAUUCUGUACUGGAUGGACGGUUUAUACAACUUCGACCGCAUUGUUUCUUUAAAUUUAGCCGAUAAUCGGUGUGUUGUAAUCUACUUCCCGGACAUUGUGCGUGAAAACACCGCGGGUGACACGCCCGACUCGAGGGUCCACAUUGGUGCCGUGAGGGGUGAGCUGAGGUUGUUGCACGUUUUGAGGGCCGGGCAAGGACCGAAAUGCUUCGUUGUGAGGGUUUGGGAAUUGGACCGUGGGGAUAACACAUGGGCGUUGGUUGGUGAGAGGGAGUUGAAGUUCCCGGAUGCAGUCGCUGCUGAUGGUGACAGGCAUACGGUUGUUGCUGCCAUUUUUCACCCGAAAGAUUGUGACUCGAUUUUUGUCAUGUGCGGAAAGAGUGUUUACGAGUGUGGGGUUUCGAAGGACACGUGUCGCAAGCUCGGUGAGCUUCAGGAAUCUGUAGGGGACGAGGGUCUCGCGUCCUUUGUUCUCAUGCAUCCACCUUGGCCCACGGUUUUGGAAGCCGAGAAGUGGGCUUCAAAGGAAAACGGGUGUGGCACAUUGAGGGAUGUCGAGUUUCACGAUGAUGGGGUUGUGAGAUUUAGCUGCCCGAUCGAGGGGCAUCCGAUCUUGAAGGUUCUAGAAGCUUUGAGAGAUAAAUGA